AUGCAAAUAACUCUUAAAGGAAACCAGAUUGCGCUGGUCCGACCAAAUCUGUACCACUCUGGAUACCACAAACUACGAUGCCAUACACACUACCGAGAACAGAGGAAGAUGGCGAAACAUUAUCCAGAGAAGGAGGUCAGGUCAGUAUUCCCGGAAGACCAACUAGAGUAUGGACAUCUAUUCGUUUGUUUGUCACUCGACUUGCGAACUCUGGAUAAGGUAGCUGUUGCGAUUAAGUCAACGAUGCCAAAAGUCAAACUAGUUCAGAUGCCGUCGAGAUUGGAAUCUAUUUUGCCGAAUUGGAAAAAGUUGAAUGAACCUGCACAGUCAACUCAAAAUCGUAAACCAAUACCGGCUAUGGAGUUUCUCACGAUACAGAAUACAUUACGUGGAAUCAUAUUAGGCAGACGACCAGGUGACAACCGAUGUCUGUACAAGCGGUUCGCGAUGUUACAGAAGAUUGUUCUAGACGUUUACGGAAACGAUAAACAUAGAAAACCUAUCUGUGCUAAAGAUUUUAGCGUGCGAAACAUCAACUCCAUAUCCUUAAAGUACCCCGACCAAGUUUAUUACAUAAACAACGCUUCUGAUCACGCGAGAUUCGCAGUCAGUGCGGCGACUCACUGGCAAAGAAGUGGAGCCAGCGCAGCGCAGUACUGGACUUGUACUAACACCCUUGAAAACCGCGACGACACAGCCAAAGGAGGCUUCGUUCUUUGCCUAGAACAUUAUGGAAUUUGGUGGAGUUUUGACAAUUUGAAGGUCAAUGAACCUGUCUGUUGA